AUGUGCGGCAGAAUGCCUUAUAUUUGGACAUUUUCACCAGACUCUAAACCACUUUUAGAGCAAUGCCUUAAUGCCGCAGCUAUGUUACCGCCAGAUAACAAUAAUAAAUGGUUAUUACGAUUUGGACCCAAAAACUUAGAUCUAAUUAAAAAAACUGAUGACAUAGAUUUAACUGAAGAUUUUCCUGAACUAGAUAUCACUGAUAGACCUGCAGAAAAUCAAGAAAAUAUACAGAAACUUGUUGAAGUUUUGAUUGAUCCAGAUUUCGACAUAGUGUCUAAGUUCCACCUCAUAUAUGAAAAGUGUAAAGAAAAGCCAAAAUUGCUUACCAAAUUAGCUGAAAAUCUUCCAUCUGAUAUUAUAGAGAAAUUAACUUAUCAUAUAUUUGAUACUACAAACAAAAGCAAUCAGUUUUUACAAUAUUUUUAUGAAUACUUUGUUCCUGUAUAUAUCAAAAAGAGUAACUCUCGGCUUUGUACUGAGUUAUUACUUAAAGCUAAUAAAUUACAUACUGACUGUUUUAAAAUCUUACUUAAAGUGAUUCUUAAAGACACUGACAUACAAAAUACUAUAAUUAAUGACUUCAUAUGUACCUUGAAUGUUGAUCAACAAACUAAACUGCUGACUGACAUAAACAAUAUAGAACUAUCUGGUGAAGAAUUUUCACAUAAUGUAUUCAAUAUCUACACAGCUUAUAAAAGUUGUAAUAAAACUGAAAAUAUACAAAAUACUAUAUUAUCUUUGUUAAAAACUCAUUCGGUUCACUGUUCUGCAGAUAAAAGUUAUGGUAAAUUACUGCUGGCUUACCUACAACAAGAGAAGAUUUUUAAAACUAAUAGUAAUUAUGUAGAAAUUGAAAAAAUUAUAGAAAUACAUAAAUCACCAUUUAAAAGGCCUUGUCAUUCUGUUUUAGAAGAAAUAAAUAAUAGUUUAUAA